AUGCCCCCACCUCAACCACCUCACCUCAUCAUCGUGGAUCCUAUAACGGUUCCUACCCCACAACUGUUCAACCUAUUAGGAGGUGCCUCGACAUCCUCCAUCUCAACCACGACUCAUGAUGGCAUCUCUAUUGCACAUUCUCUGCAUGCAAACCCCCCUCCAGACUAUGUACCUAGUUGGAAUUUCGAUAAAAGUCCUAACCAUCAUGCCGAAGGGUUAACCCCAGAAAUGGCAGAAGAGGCGAUGCAGACUGAGAUGAUCGAACACUCAGACCAGUCUAUUCAGACUCUUGUCAACCCCGGAGAGAUCAAAACCCCGUUCUCUCUCACCUUUUCUACUGCACUCAUUGGGCCUCAGAGGACCAUCCUGUUGUAUGUUGCAUACCAGUGA